AUGGACCAAAACGAAUAUCAGACAGACGCCCACCGGCGUCCGAAGAAGCUAAUCUUUGCACCAGGGGACAUUGCACAAACCUCCGAGGAGCCAACCCCAGAACCUCAACCGCAAGCAGCCCCGGUCCCAAGCCAAAUCGCAGAAGCCCUCCGUAACUCAACCCCAACAUCAACCCCCGACUCCACAACGGAAACGGAGGUCCUCUCGCACGCCGCACGCGCGCACCAAUUCGGCACAAACCCACCCCUAACCAUCUCCCAAAUCCACGGCACAAACCCCCUCCACCAGUUCAACACCUGGUUCCGGGACCCCCCGCCUCCCCGCCUCCUCCGCCCCGGAAACAUGCACCCUAUCAACCGCCUCCCUCCCCUCCGGCCGGGCAAAGGCGGACAAGUCUUUGGUCUCGAUGGCUCCGAUACACUCGGCGCCAUGCCUGAGCCCACUAGCGUUACCUCUGAAGUUGGGACGGGGAAUAAAUGGGGUGCGUUGACGUUCAGCUGGGGUAGCGUUGAACGCCAGGUCCGCAUUGAGGGUUUGCUUGAGCCGCUUAGUCGUGAAGAGAGCGAGCUGUAUUGGCGGACGCGGGAGCGGGGGAGUCGGAUUGGUGGAUGGGCUAGUUGGCAGAGUCGGGUUUUGUGGUCUGCGGAGCCCGGGCAGAUGGAGGAGAACCAGCGACGGAAGAGUGUGGCGAAGUUGCAGGGGGCGUUUGAUGGGAAUUCGAUUGUGCCGGCUGAUAUUGAUCAGACGGAUGAUGCGGAUGGACGGGCGUUGCUUGAGUCGAAGGUGAAGGAGAUGGAGGAGAGAUUUAAGGGCGUGGAGGAUAUUCCUCUGCCGCCGUUUUGGGGUGGUGUGAGGCUUGUGCCAGAGUCUGUGGAGUUCUGGCAGGGACGUCGGAGUCGUUUGCAUGAUCGGUUCCGCACUUCGAAACACGGGAUAUACAGUUCUAUCCCAACCGCAGCCAUGUCCACCUCCCAAUCAACCUCUCCCUCCACAUCCCCCUGGAUCGUCCUCGCAAUCACGAGCGGCGCCUUUGCUGCAUUGAAUGGUGUUUUUGCGAAAUUAACCACGGACGACCACACCACAGCCUUUGCCCAAUCCCUCGCCCACCUCUUCGGGUUGGAAUCAUCGCCUGUGAUUGAGAUGCUUACUCGAGGUGCAUGUCUCGGCCUAAACGUCAUCUGCAACAUAAUAAUGUGGGCCCUCUUCACACGCGCGCUAACAGCUGGUCCGUCGACGGUCAAAGUCUCCAUCACCAAUACAGCGUCGAAUUUCUUGGCGACAGCGUUGUUUGGAAUGAUUGUUUUUCAGGAGGCUGUUGGUGGGCUUUGGUGGUUGGGGGCUGCGAUGAUGGGGGCUGGGUGUAUUUUGGUUGGGAUGAGAGAGGGGGCUUAG